AUGGCGCGAUGUCCUUCAGCUGCGCGCAUCAUUAGCGCUCGCCAUGUCAUGGCUGGUGCGGGGCCUUCUCACACCAGCAGCUUCCGACGCCGCACCGCUGCAGCUACGUGCAUACUCUGUCUUGACGAGCUAGCGAGCGUGAGCGGCUGCAGCCGGCAUCGGCACCUGGCACUCUGGCCCACACGUCUGCAGCUCCUGGUAGCGCAUGGCUGCUGCUCCUGGCGGCUGCACGGCUGCUACUUCUGGCGGCCCACUACUGCUACUCCUGGCUGCGCACGGCUUUCUCCUUCCGACCGAGGUGACCCCCGCAGGCAGCUGCAACUGGUACACAAGCACCUGGCGGCUGCUUCUGCUCCUGGCUCGCUCACCCCACCAUGA